AUGAACGCCUUGUCAGAACACAUCGCAUUAUAUUAGAAAAUCUUGUCAGGUGAGAUUGGGUGAGAAAUGAUCGGCUCUGCCUGAUCGGUCAUAUGCCCACAUGUUGUUUUUAUAUUCAAAUUAGCGCCUUAUAUCUGCAUUCCGCAUUAGCUCUCUAGCGCAUUUCAUUAAGCCCAUCACAGUGUUGUUGUGGCAGCGAAACAAGCAAGAAUUGUAAAAAGCACAGAACUCCAAGAUAUUAAUUCAAACCAGAGGCUGAAGAGAACAAACCAACAACUUUGAGAAUGAUAAACAACAAUAACAACCUAAAACAACACACCGAGGUCUUAGAGAAAACACUACUGGGAGACAGAGCGGUGGACUUUGAGUUUCGCGAGCCUUUCAUAGUGUCAGGCUACAGAAGACCGGGGUUUUCUUUCAAGCAGUGCAUCCACAGUGCCUUCUACGCUCACAACGAGACAAUCAAUGUCUGGAGCCAUAUCUUAGCCUUGGUAGGAUUCCUGUAUCAUUGCUUACCGGUGUUUUGUUUGCGGAGUAACCCAUUCACUGAUCCAUUUGUUUACCCAUUGCUCUCUUUCUCUCUUGGCAUCUCUGCUAUGUUCCUCAUGAGUUCAAGUGCCCAUCUGUUUAAUUGCAUGUCAGCAAAAGUACGACACAUUUGCUUCUUCUUCGAUUAUGCUGCCAUCAGCACUUACACGUUCACGGCAGGCCUGGUAUUCUAUUACUAUUCCAGACCGACAAACACUGAUUUAAAACUCAUGAACUCGAAUUGCUUAUUCUUGUGUAUAUCUGCCGCCAUUUCACUUGCUACAACAUAUCUGUGCUGUGCAUCUAGGCAUAAAUGGGUUCAACACAAGUUUUUACUCCGAACUGGUACCUUUGUCAUUUCCUGGUUGUUCAAUACUCUCCCAUUCACUACAAGGGCAAUUUACUGCGACAGUAAACUGGAGUGCAACACUGUUGCUUUUGCGUAUUUCAAGCGUCAAGUAUUUUAUUUCUUUCUAGCUGCAUUGUCUAAUGUAAUACGUAUCCCGGAAAGAUUUAUUCCUGGACUGUUUGAUUUUUUGGGGCAAAGCCAUCACUUUUUGCAUAUCUUAUGUUCGCUGGGAGCUAUUGAUGAUUUUGUAGCGGUCGAACUGGAUAUGAAUAUCAGACGGGAAAUACUACACGCUUCGUCAACGGUAUUGCCAACAUUUGGAAACAGUCUAGGUUUGAUGAUUGCAGUUCUUUUAGGGAAUAUAGCCAUAGUAAUUUGGUUUGCCGUUCAUUGCCCUGUGAGUCUACAGAUAGAUAAACAAUUAAAAACAAAGUAAAUUAUUCAUUGUCUUGAGUUUUACGAUGCGUCUAUCUAUAACAUCGAAACAAAGUAAUUUUAUGUAGCUAGUAGAUAUGUGUUGGUAAACUUGCAACAUGUCUGUCAGUCAUUUACAGUAAUAAAUACGUGUCAUUAAAAUGAUCAUUGUUAUGUGUAAAAUUUUUAAUAACUCUAUGAAUGUUUGCCAUGCGAAGUGUGCGCGCAAAAGAUAAGCUUUAGCGCGUUUUUCAUCAAUUGCAGAUUUAAUCUUAUAAUUGGAGACAAGUUACGGCACAAAUAAAAAGCCUUAGGGUUCAGGUGUUGGUUUUUCACGUCUCAGUCCAGAGCGCCUUUACGACUUUAAUGUUUGGGGUCCCUGUGGAGUUACGGCCGCGCGAGCCUUAGACUGAGAUUUUGAGCCAUAGACUUCGAGUUUGUUGCGGUGCAGAACUCACGAUGUAAAUUUUAGAAAUGGUUCUUUAAUAUCGCUCAGUUAAAGCAAAAAAAGACAAAAGCAUCAAAUCCUUAAGACUCCAGUCUACUUUUGAGAGCGAAGUAUUAUGGAAUUCUCUAUCGCAGCUCGUGGAUCUCGCAGGUCUGUGUCAUAUCUUGUCCGCCAUUUUGUCGGCUUCAGAAGUGGACAGCGGACCACCAAGAAAGUGUGCAAUGGUCUCAACAGAUUUGUUUUAACAUCUAGUGAAAUGACAUCCAUCAAAGAGCACCAACUCACAGAAUGCUGUUGGCCUGCUUGCAGCUUACCAAUGACCUUAACUUCAAGCAUGGCCAGAUUAUCAUUGGAGACUUUUACCCGACAGUUGUCUGAUAGACAGUCAACAUAUCUCCCUGGGCUAGGAGAAAGGGGUCACUCAGUUAAAAAUGACCCCCAAACUCCAUUUGAUGGAAUUCUUGGAGAUAUCCCAUUGGAUGAAGUGAUUAUUGGUUAUAGCCCAGACAGUGAGAACACGGUCAGUUUAAGCUCAGUUUUGAAGAAGCGGAAGCAAAAAAUGAAUCAGCACAAGUAUAAGAAGAGGCGUAAAAGAGACAGGUUCAAGCGUAGAAACUUGGAGAAUAUCAAGGAAAGAAAAAAGAGAGUGAAGGAAAAAUCCGAUGAAAGAGAAAAACAGGCAGUUAUGUAAUAAUAACCUAUAACUAGUUUUGUCAUCUUAAUUACAUGAAUUGUAAUAAUAAAAAUAAAACUUUAAAGGCUGUAA